GCUACUUCACUAGACUAGCCUUCACUAAGCGACAACUGAAACGCAAGAGUAAUUCCCAAACCAUUCAGACCGCUUUUCACAACCACGUCUAAGUUAAGAAAACGGAAGAAAAGAACAACCGCUCUCUGUCCCAUACGGAGACUACCGUCCAUUCUUUACAGCCGUGCAAAAGGCGAACUAAGCGGAGACCAGUAAUGGUAAAAAAACAAAAAACAGACAUAAAACAAACUACAUGAUGUGUAUGGAGAACCAUUUCCGUAAUAGUCGAAAGGGGAGAAAACACUGAAAUCCACAGGAAGGGACCCUACCAUUCAAGUGGGUGCCAAUAAGAAGCAAGCAAAUCACAGCCAAUGGCAACGCCGAAAGAGAACCACAACACCACAAAACCACAGACAAUCUCCGAAAUCACUGAGCCCAGCAAGAACGGUCACGACCAUGGCAUCUUCGAGCACACUUUGGAAAUGCGAGGGGCUUUGCUAGUGGCCGAUCGAUGAAGGAGCGUGCAAGCGAGUGAGGGAGAGAGAGAGAGGCGGACUCACACAGAUACUAUUCCCAUGUGAACGACGCAGCAGUCAGUAGCAUUCCGCCGCCGUCGCCACAGGGCCCCCGAUCCCUGGCGACUUUGCUCGGGUGUGGCACAGCAGCAGCGCAAGAGGGAUUUGGCGCAGCGUCGAAGCUCUACCCUGGGCGUCUCUUGGAAUCCGCCGAAAGACGACAGCAGCUCUCUGUUGGGAGAGUGGGUUCCGCCACCCGGGUGGAAGUGUCAUGGCUUAGCGCGAUUUCAGAGACGGUUUUUUAGCGACGAAAGCUCUGGCAGUGCAGUGCAGUGCGCAUGGGAUUCGUUGCUGAGGCGGAGAGCGAGAGGUUUACCUUUACGCUGAAUCAUGUGCGCAGGUUUUGAGUGGGACUUUUCGGGUUGAAUUUCAGGACCAUUGGAGACGUAGUGGGAGGUUUAAGAAAGCUGAGAAUUUAGCGUGAAUUCUCUUCGUGGGCUAUUAGGUUCACAUGGUUUUAGAAGGAAUGGAGUGUUUGUAAUGGAUGCGAGAUAGUUUUCUUUUUAAUAGUCGUAGUUUCGGUAGUGGAAACGACGCCGAAAGUCCUCAUGAAGCAUUGAGAGAGAGAGAGAGAGAGAGAGAGAGAGAGAGGGAGGGAGGGAAAAACCUCUUCGUCGUGCUCAUUCAAUGCGUUUUCAUGCACUGAUUGUUAGCACGCAGGCGAUAGAGAAGCUUGCUAUAGUUUUUUUGAAGUCCCGGGAUGCGACCAUUGGCUGGGACCUUUGUAGGAAGGCAGCGCGGUGCAAUCUACGUAGCAUUGGUAAAUGUGCAUAAUUAAGAGAUGCGCUUCACGAAAGGGUUACAAGCUAACCUGGCCUUGCAGAAAUUGCAGUUUAGAGGUGUUCAACUAUCCAAAACGCAGAUGGAUCGCUUGGCAAGCUCACCAAUGGCUCAAUUUCUGUAUGGGGGUGCUCGUCCCUGUUACACUCGCUGCAAGUCUACAGAUGCGGUUGAGUCUCUCACCUCGCCAGCCUCAACGUCCUUGAAGCCCUUUGCCGCCCGCUAUCAUGCUUCCAGCACGAAGACUUCUUCGUCUGUGUUGAAUGGCUUUGGCAGGGCUGUCAUGGGUUGUGGCCAGGAUUUUCAAAGCUUCAUGCUUUGUGUCCGUCGUGGGUAUUUGCAAGAACGAGCCCGUAGCAUUGUUUGUGCUAGUGGAAGCGGCUUUCAAGGGGGAGGCAAUGAAAGCAACGGCUCUGAAACCGAAUCUUCUGAUGCUUCUGUACACGGUCGCGGCCCUCCCCAUGGGGAUGAUUUGGAUGCGUGGAAUAAUUGGCAUGCUGUAUUACCAGAGAAUGAUGGGCGGAAUCAUCCAGUGCCUGCUGUUGAUUUGUUCCGAGUGAUCGAAAGUUCUAAGGACAGCAAGUUUGACAUUGACUAUUUGGGGGAAAGCACGAAAGGUGACAUGAACGUAAGGCCUGAAGCUUUUGAGUAUGGCGAUUCUAGCUUACAAGAAGUUGCUGCGUCAUUGGAUGGUUCUUUAGAGGAAAUUGCAAAAGCAGAAGCUAAGGAAGCGGAGGCAUUGCUUGAUGCUUUAAAGAUUCCGAGACGCUUUCCUCAUGGUGUUGCUUCUAGGGGUAUAUUCUGCAGUCGCACUUUAAGCUUACGGUCGAUCACUACUAUUGGUUACGACAUGGACUAUACUCUAAUUCACUACAACGUUCAUGCCUGGGAAGGGAGGGCUUACGAAUACGGAAUGAAUAAUCUUCGUUCUAUGGGUUACCCAGUGGACGGCCUCAAAUUUGACCCAGAGCUGGUUAUUCGAGGAUUAGUACUUGAUAAAAAGAGGGGGAAUCUUGUGAAGGCUGACCGUUUUGGUUACAUAAAGCGAGCAAUGCACGGAACCAAGAUGCUCUCAAAUCGAGAAAUCAGUGAGCUCUAUGGUCGUGAACUCGUGGAUUUGCGAGAUGAGGGGCGCUGGGAGUUUCUGAAUACUCUUUUCUCAAUAUCUGAAUCAGUAAUGUUUAUGCAGAUGGUGGAAAGGCUUGAUGAGGGCUCUUUGCCUCCUGAGAUUGGCCCAUUGGAUUACAAAGGCUUGUAUGCGGUGGUGUCAAAGUCGCUUUUCAAGGCUCACGUCGAAGGUCAAUUAAAGGCAGAAAUCAUCAACAAUCCAGAGUUAUUUAUUGAACUUGAUCCUGAGCUCCCUUUGGCUCUGUUGGAUCAAAAGGAGGCUGGCAAGAGGUUAUUGCUCAUUACAAAUUCUGAUUAUCUUUACACGAACAAGAUGAUGCAAUACGCUUUUGAUAAAUACCUCCCAGAUGGCAUGGGUUGGCGAGCUCUCUUUGAUAUGGUUAUUGUUUCUGCUAGGAAACCUGAGUUCUUUCAAAAAUCCAAUCCUCUAUAUGAAAUUGUGACGGAAGAAGGCCUAAUGCGCCCUUGCUACAAGGCCACAUCAGGUGGGCUUUACUGUGGAGGUAGCGCCCUGAUGGUGGAAAAAGCACUCGGCUUUCAUGGCGAUGAGACACUAUAUGUUGGUGAUCAUAUUUACACAGAUGUGAGCAUGUCAAAAGUGCACUUGAGAUGGAGGACAGCCCUUAUCUGUCGCGAGUUAGAGAAAGAGGUGAUGGCUCUUGCGCAUGGAAAGGACCAUAGAGUUAAAUUGAUCGAGUUGAUGAAUCAAAAGGAAGCUGUUGGGGAUGUAUUCAAUCAGCUUCGGCUUGCAUUACAACGUCGCACUGCUGGGAGACCAGCACAGACAGAUAAAAUAACAAAUUUGGAUGAGAGAGAUCUCGCAGAGAACAUGCAGAAGCUGCUCGUUCUAAUGAGCAGGCUAGAUCAGAGAAUUGCUCCUAUGUUGGAUGCUGAUGGAGAGUACUUCAAUCAAAGGUGGGGUUACUUGUCUCGAGCAGGACUGUGGGAUAAAAGUCACCUCACUCGGCAAAUUGAAAAGUAUGCGGACAUUUAUACUUCACGCGUUUCCAAUUUCUUGCGAUAUUCUCCAUUUAUGUACUUUCGGUCGCAGUCCCAGACAUUAGCACAUGACGUCGAAGCUGAAUCACCUGAUGUCGAAAAUGGUAAAGACGAGCUACCUACUAUGAACAACGGAAGCAACUCGGGAAAUUUUGAGGGACUGGUGGAGUCAACUGAAUCAGUAACGCCCAGUAGGAGGUAGCGUUGAUCAGCAACUCUGAUCCUUCCAGUAGCUCUCGGUGACACAAAAGUUCUCGAAACAUCCCAAGUAUUUCCUGAUGAGACGCGCAUUGUAAAAUAUCGUGGAGGUAGAGCUGCGCUUCAUGAUCAUGAGUUGUGGGUGCGUUCUCAUGGAAGGCAUGAAUUUCCUUAGGUUUGAUGUACCCACAUUUUGUAGCUCAUUCAGUAUUUUAUAAUCUGGAGUAAUUCUGGAGUCAGAUGCGUCCUCUUUAGAUACUAGCCUUAGUAAGCCAGACCUUGAACUUCUCACCUUGCGUUGAUUAUUGUUCUUUCAGUUUGUCGGUUAUUAAUUGCAUGGUAUAGCAUUCAUAACUUGAGAGAACAUGAAUGAGUGAAUCCACACACCUUUAAACUGUACUCCUUAAGCUCAUAGUUUUAAUCUGUAGUAGCUCCUAUUGAUUCGGUAUCUUGUUCCUA